CCCGGGGUCACGACCCGAGCCGAAGGCAGACGCCCAACGACUGAGCCACCCAGGCGCCCUAAACGAAGUAGUUUUGGGUCAUUAUACAUGUUUGGGUUUAAAUGUUGCAGUAAUAGUCUGCCACAGCUGAUACAAGUUGGGUAAAAAUAAAUUUCGGGUACGUACCGCUCUAUCAUUAUGAAUUGCAUUUUACUGCAUUUUUAACACACAGUAGGAAUCCAUAAUUCAGCGCUGGUACCACAGCUCAAGGAGCCAGGAUCUUCUUUCUUCUUGUCCCUCUAUCCUUAACUGUGGCUUUUGUCUCCAAGGACACAGGCAUUGGAUCUGUAUUGCGGGCCAGACAAAGGGGACAGCUCAAAGGGGGAAACCAGCUGCGUCUUUCCAGUUCGUGAAGCUCUCCUAGGAAUGCCACCGGGGUCAUCUGGGACAAGCAUCAUGGCCACCCCAGGAGCUGGACCGGGCCAUGUGCUGACCUCUAUAUGCAACGGGGUCAAGGUUCUGUUAGUAAGGAUGAAAGGGUGAAGGAUGGAAUGCUUAGGUACGUACAGGACCCACCACGGCACUUUCCUUACGCUGUCUUUAUUAAUUACCCAAAUCCCUUGUGGGAGCUUCUUACAGAUUCAGAUUCCCGUCCUCGUGCCAGCCACAAAGAAUCAGAAUGCCCCUGAAAAUCUGGGACCUGAAAGUCGUUGUCGAGCUACUGAUCUUUGCUCUACCGAGGAUAACCCCUUUUCCUUGUCACCUGGUCUGGUCUGCACGAACUCUUCAAUGGGUUUGUCAUUUCACAACGUUUAGGUGCACUCCAAAAUGUCAUAGGGAGUACCUUCCUCGAUGAACUUGUUUUGAACUUUACAUCGAAAGCAACAACCUUGUAAAAGGACUUCCACGUCUACAGCGACACUCUUCAAACCAUUUUCUCUGCUACUGGAAGAGACAAACACUGCUGGAGAUCAUGAUUUGCAGCUGAAGGUGUGGUUUAUUCCCAGAGCAGCGAAGUGACACUGAGCAGCGACAGGCGAGGGCCAGGGGAGAGCGAUGGGUCAAAAUACCAAAGGUCUGGUCCUAGCUCUACUGUGCAGCUCAGCAAACUCGGGGCAAGCAUUUCUACCCUUUGAUCCUUGUCCGCGCUUAAAUUAUAAACUGGCCUUACACCGAUUCACCUUCCAGAGGGUUAUUAAGAUAAUUAAAUGGGUCGGGGGUAUGUAUACUUUCAAAGGGCAGUAAAGCUCACAGAAAUGUUGUUUUUGUUUACGGGCAAACAGUGACCCGUAUGAACUGUAAGCUCCAGAUCUGGUUGGUAGAAUUAUACAGGUUUCCCGCAUGGUCAAAGCGAGGCAAAACAGUGCAGUCUCAUUAGCCCACAGAUGAUUGGAUCACGGCACCGUGAGAGGAGAGAGGCGGCACAAGUCACAGUGGCAGGCAAAGGAAGGAGUGUCAACCGAGACUCGACAGAGAAGUUGGUCGAGCUUGUUCAAAGGCCCAGUGGCAGGAAACAGCAAUGGCGUGCUUGAGGAAACUGCAAGAAGCUCUGGAUGGAGAGCCUAAGAGGGGAGUCAAACCAGGCAAGACGCUAAGGGCCCUCAUACGUAGGGUAGACCCUCUUGUGGAGGCUCUGAGGAAUCACCGAAGGAUCUCAGGCAUCAUAGUGUAAGCCAAUACCCGAGGAUUCGGAGUUAGGCAGAUCUGACCUAGGACCUUCAUUCUACCACAAGCUGUGGUUUUGGCACAGGAUAAAUGAAGUGACUGGUGGAACAGGGUAGAGAAGCAGAAUCAGGGACAUAGAGAAAGUUGGCAUAUGACAGACAUGGCACGGCUGAUGGCAGGGAAAGCAUGCACCAUUCAAUAAAGGAGGAUGGUACGAUUGUUUUUUCCGUGGGAGGAAAAAAGCAAGUGGAGAAGUAGGAACCACUGUGCACUGCUGGUGGGACUCCUCGAAACUCUUGGGCUCCUUUAACCAACUGAGCCACCCAGGCGCCCUCUUGGGCUCCUUUAAACGCAGCAGAACACAAUCGCACGUGUGCCAGACCCCGGAAUAUUGCCAGCGUCCCUGCUUGUAAGGGCUCUACAGUGGGAAGUAUCCACACGUCCACGGACAAGAAAACGGAUGAACGAGUUGAGGAGUGGUUCCACAGUGGUGUGCGCUCCAGCAGGGAAGACGAAAGCAGGACGGCUCUGCGGAAUAUAGUACAGGCACCGUCAGGGCGCAAUGUUGGGUGAAAAAGGAAGCGGCGGAACACCAGGCAGGAGGCGGUACAGUUUAUUGUACUCCCCAGGCAACACAGCAGGAGGCCAGGACAGCCAAGGAUACGCACACGGGUCUCUAAGACGAAGCAAACCCCGACCAGCCGACCACCCAGAAAACGAACCGUAGAAAACGGAGGGGGUUGGUUGACACAGGACACGCAGCAGGAUGGCUCUUCCUCUGCGAGCGGAGGCAGUGGGUGGGAAGGGCCCCGGGAGGAGACUGCGCAGGAACUGUGAAAAGUGUCCCACGUCGGGAAGGUGGAGGCUUGAGCACCUACGUGGUUCCACACUGCCCGUGCAGGAGAGCUCAGAAGGCACCUCCUCGGGAUGGCGCCGGCUGGCAGGAAGCGCCUGGGCAGAGCCGCGAAGGCCCCGGUGGUGGCUCAGGGUACGGCAGCCCGUGACUCUGGGGGACAAGAGAGAAGAGAGCUGAGGGGGCCGGAGGCUGAAGGUACUGCCUAUCCGACACCUUUUGCAGAUACAGCGCUUGCUGAUGACGCACGCGGGGCAGGCCACCGCUUCGGAGUCCUCGGCGUUGUAAACAGAAACAGUCCACUAACUGAAUACUACGGGGGAAGAAGGCCUUCUGCAGUAACGUUUGAGGAAGAUGUGGGGAAUGAAUUGCAGAACAUGUUGGAAAGAUUUGAAGGUGACAUUAGAAAGCUUCUUUAUGAAAAGAGGAGAAGAUGCAUGAUGGACACCAGAGCUUCUGUCAAAAACAUUAACCAGAAAAUUGAGCGUGUUUGGAAAACCCAGGAAGAGCAAAGGCAGAAGCUUUAUCACGAAUACUGUCAGCAGUUUCUAACUUUGCUUCAAGAGUGGGAUAUAGAUGUGCAGAAAGCCAAGGAAGAAGAGGAAAAACUAGCUAAUAUAUUUCGACAGCAACAAAACGUUCUGCAACACUCUAGAACGGUUCAGAGCCAGAGAAUGCAAGCAAUUAAAGGGUUGUAUGAGCAAUUCUUGAAGAGUGUGGAAGACUUAGAGAAGAAUCGGGAAAAUUUUCUUACUGGUGAACAGAGUGAACUUAGGAAAGAAAUGGCCAUGUUGCAAAAACACCUUAUGAUGGAACAUCAGCAACAAGAGGUGGCAAUUUUUCAAAAGUCUCUUCAUUCUCCGUUAUUUUGAUGACAUUUGAAGAAAGGACUAAGUAACCUGAUAACUGUGGUCUAACAAUUCUAGUUUAAAUGAUUACAUCUUGUUACUCAUUGGCUUGUUUGAGUGCAAGGCCCUCUUUCUGUGUAAACCCAAGUGAGACCUAAACAGUUAUGUGAGUAGCAGUAAUUCCAAAGUUAUAUGCAGGAAACGUUCAGACCUUUGGUAGUAAUGGUGACUUUUUCUCCCUAACACUGUCAAUUAAAUUUUAGCAAGAAAGAUGAUUUACAUUUAAGUUUGCUUCAGCGAAUCUGGACCAGUCCCCAAAGAUAGAAAGUACAAUCAUAGAGGGUUACGUUGCUCUUUCUGAAAGAAAAGAAAUAAUGAAAGAAUACACCCUUUUGCAUAUACUCAUUAAGUUAAAGAACCAAUUCUAAGGAAAAUAAGAUUUGAAGUACAAUCUACUCCACAGAAGUACAAAAUUUAUUAAAAGCGACUUAAGUUUGUGCCCCAGAAUAAAUGAAACUGCUUAAAGUCAUUAAGACAACUGAGUAAGAUAUGUAAAUGUCGACUUGUGAGACAUGGAGUUGUGAAUAUGCCAUUCCCACCAAAAAAAUUAAAAUGUCAUUUAAUUGAUUUGGGUCCACUAUUAAAUGACACCUGCCCUUAGCAUUGAUUAAAAGUAUUUUAUUAACAUAUACAUGUACUUGGUUACCUGUGGUUUAAAUAUUUCAUGCCUAUCUUUAGAGAUUAAUUACCUAGAAAGUUUUGUUUUGCAAGUUUGAUAUUCAGUGAGUAUAUGGAAAGUUGAUUGUAUGCUCAUCUAAAAACGUUAACAAUUCAUUCUCACGCCUUGUCUUUUCUGGUGCACUUUUUACAUGCAAAACCACGUGAAAUUUUCAACUGGAAACAUUUGAUUUCACAAGCAUGAAGUUGUUUGAGAAUUAGUUUGGAAUAAAUCGGCUAGAUGUAUUCUCUUUCUAAGUUACUGAAAUUCCUUUCAUGAAUCGUUCAGAACAACAACAACAAAAAUACUCCCGUUUGGAGGAGAGGACUGUCUUUCUCCUGUUUUUCUGUAUGUUUGAUAUUUUAAUUAUGGCCGCUAGAGCCCACUCUUCUAUUUGUUUUAUGGUUUUCCCUGUUUUUAAAGUAAGCCCAAACAUACUUUUUUUCGAACUUCUAACUUAUUUUUUUUUCUCUUUCUUUCUUUCUUUCUUUCU